AUGGAUGAUGAUGAUAUGUACGAUGAGUUUGGUAAUUAUUUAGGUGGUGAUCAGAUGGAUUCAGAUGAUGAAAGUAUAUAUUUACAAGAAAAACCAGAACAAAUACCAUCUCAAUUUGAAAAUAAUACCACGGCUUUAAUUAAACAUGAUGUAAAUAUAAAUCAAGGUGAAAUAAUUUACGUACAGCCAAAUGACUCAAUUACGGAACAACCAGUGAUUCAACCGAAUAUAGAAAGAUCAAUGAAAGUGGAAAUAGAGGAGGAAGAAACAGAUUCAAAUUUGAAAUAUUCAAGCACUUAUCUUAAAGAAUUGAUGAAUAAUAGUCCUGAAAGAAUACGAAAUGUUUCAAUUUUAGGCAAUACAGGAAGUGGGAAAACAAGUCUUAUUGAUCAAUUAAUAUAUUAUACUCAUAAAGUAGAUAAGAAGAAGAAAAAUUUACGAUAUUUAGAUAAUCAUAAAUUGGAAAUUGAUAGAGAGAUGAGUAUUAAAGCUUCUUCAAUUACGUUAUUGCUUCCUGAUGUAAGAGAUAAAUCACAUGUUAUAAAUAUAAUAGACACACCUGGACAUGUCGAUUUUAAUGAUGAGGUUUUGGCAACUUUACAUGGUGUAGAAGGUGUUAUUUUGGUACUUGAUGCAGUUGAGGGUUUAACUACUAGAGAUGAGAUUUUAAUUCAUGAAAUUGUAAAAUUGAACUUACCUAUAACUUUAAUUUUAAACAAGAUUGAUUCAUUGAUUUUAGAAUUGAGAUUACCUCCUAAUGACACAUAUUUAAAAUUGGAGACUGUAAUUGAAGAUGUUAACGAAUGUAUAAGGACAAAUGAACAUUAUAAAGAUUAUAUACAUAAAGGAAGGAUAUCACCAGAGUUUAACAAUGUGUUCUUUUCAUCUGCUAAAUAUGAAUUCAUAUUUAAUUUGAAAUCAUUCACUAAAAUGUAUUCAGAUAAUCAAGAGUCAAAAACGCAUGAGGACGAGUUUUUGAGUGUAUUAUGGGGUGAUUAUUAUCUUGAUGAGGAAAAUGGAAGUAUAUCUAGUUAUUCAAAUAAAGGUAAACUUGAGAGAUCAUUUGUUUCAUUUAUUUUGAAUCCAAUUUAUAAAAUUGUGACAUAUACUUUAACUCAUGAAACUGGAGAUAAACGAUUAAGUACAUUAUUAUGGGAGAAUUCCAAAUUAAAAUUGCAUAAGAAAACAUAUAAUGAAGAACCUCAAAUGUUACUAAAAACUGUGUUUAAUAAUAUUUUUCUGGAUUACGGCAACAAAAGUCUUGUAGUUACAAUUCAAAAAAAUGUUACAUCUCCAUUAGAGGUCACUAAAAAGCAAGGUAUUGAGUUUACUUCAACUAUAGGUCAAGUUUUAAAAUUAGUUGAAUCUUCGAAUGGUAAAAAAUUUUCAGCAUUAGUUAGAUUAUACAAAGGAAGUUUAAAAACUGGUGAUAAGGUCAAAGUAUAUGGAGAGAAUUACAAUAUAGACAAAGAAAAUUUUAAAAUCGAGACAAUAACUAGAAUUUCCAUACCUCAAGGGAGAUCAGACAUAUCAAUUAAUGAGGUCAGCACAGGAAACAUAGUUCUAAUCGAAGGUAUUGAUUCAAUAAUUAAAAAAGGUGCAACUAUCACAGACAUAAACACAGAAUUAGCAAAAUCAUUUUCAAUUCUUGCUUAUUCUCGAAAUUCAGUUUUUAAAGUUGCUGUUGAACCAUAUAAACCAUCAGAAUUACCUUUAUUGCUUGAUGCAUUAAGAAAAAUUGAUAAAUCAUACUUAUCUUCAAUUAUAAAUGUUGAGGAAAAUGGUGAACAUAUCAUAAUAGCACCUGGUGAAUUAUACAUGGAUUGUAUAUUACAUGACGUUAGAUUAUUUUUCAAUGAUGAGUUACAAAUUAGAGUAAGUGAUCCAAUGGUUAAAUUUUCAGAAACUUGUAUUGAUAUGUCUUUCACGAAAAUUCCAAUAAAAAUAAAUAAUAUGGCAAUUUCAGUAAUUGCAGAACCUAUAAAUGAUGCAAAAUUGAUACAUAAUUUAGAAACUGAAAGGAUCAAUAUGUCUCAAACAAAGAAAGAGAUAUCAACUAUUCUUAAAACAGAACAUGGGUGGGAUGUAUUAGCAGCUAGAUCAUUAUGGUCAAUAAGUUCAGAUUUAAACAAUCCUUCGAUCUUACAAGAUGAUACACUAGAAGGAGAAUCAGAUAAGACAAUAUUAAAUGAAAUUAAAGAACUAGUAGUUACUGGAUUUCAAUGGGGUGUAAAUGAAGGGCCAUUAAUUAACGAGCCUAUAAGAAAUGUUAAAUUCAAAAUACUUGAUUUUAUUACAACUACAGAUGAUAUUCAAAUCAAUUCAGCUCAAAUUAUACCAAUAGUUAGAAACUCAAUUUAUACAGCAUUAUUAUUAGCACAGCCUAGAUUAUUAGAACCAGUUUAUAAAAUAAUUACAAUAUGUACUUAUAAAUCAAUCAAAGUUUUAGAACAACUAUUAAAUAAAAGAAGAGGUUAUAUUGACAACAAGAGAGAAAUUCCAGGAACUCCAUUAUUUGAAAUUAUAGCAUAUGUUCUAGCCAUUGACUCAUUUGGAUUUCAUUCAGAUUUAAAAUUUCAUUCUCAGAAACAAGCUAAAUGUCAAUUGGUCUUUGAUGGGUGGGAAAUUGUUCCUGGUGAUCCUUUGGACGAAACUAAACAAGUAUCAAAAUUGAAACCUGUAGAUGAUGAAGAAGCAUUAAGUAGGGAUUUCAUGGUUAAAACUAGAAAAAGAAAGGGAAUUACUGGUGAACCAACAGUACAAAAGUAUAUUGAUAAUGAUAUAUAUAUUAAAUUAAAAGAGAGAAAUUUAAUUCAAUAG